AUGUUUAGAACAAAAGUGGCCGCUAUUUUACAUAGGGCUACUGUCAGAACCGGUGCAAGAUGUGUUCCUCUAGUGAGAGCCAGAGGCUUUCAUCGUAGCUCCAUUUUGCUUAAACCAGCCGUUGCUGACGUAUCGUCUACGCAAUAUAAGAAGAUUUACAAUCCAGACUUGAAGAAUAUUGAUAGACCACUGGACACAUUCCCUAGACGUCACUUGGGUCCUUCUCCCAAUGAUGUGAAAAAAAUGUUAAAGACAAUGGACUACGACGAUUUAAACGCAUUUGUAGAAGAGCUUGUCCCACCUAAUAUUUUGAAGAAGAGAUCCUUGAAACUAGAAGCUCCUAGUAAGGGAUACUGUGAACAAGAAAUGCUGCAGCAUUUGGAAGAAAUCGCCAAUAAAAACUCCUACAAAGUUAAGAAUUUUAUUGGUAAGGGAUACUACGGCACGAUUUUGCCGCCAGUUAUUCAAAGAAACCUAUUGGAAAGCCCAGAAUGGUACACUUCUUAUACUCCAUACCAGCCUGAAAUAUCUCAGGGUAGAUUGGAAGCAUUACUAAACUUCCAAACAGUAGUUUCCGAUUUGACCGGUUUGCCUGUGGCAAACGCCUCAUUGUUGGAUGAAGGUACCGCGGCUGGUGAAGCUAUGCUACUGUCAUUUAAUAUUUCCAGAAAGAAAAAGUUAAAAUAUGUAAUUGAUAAGAAAUUACAUCAGCAAACAAAGAGUGUUCUUCAUACAAGGGCCAAACCAUUCAAUAUUGAACUUAUCGAAAUCGACUGUUCCGAUACCAAGAAUGCUGUGGAAGUCUUGAAGAACCCUGAUGUGUCUGGUUGUUUGGUCCAAUAUCCAGCAACAGAUGGUUCAAUCUUACCUCCUGAUACAAUGAAGCAACUCUCUGAAGCUUUACACUCUCACAAAUCUUUCUUAUCCGUCGCCUCAGAUUUAAUGGCUUUAACACUAUUAAAACCGCCAGCCCAAUACGGUGCUGACAUUGUCCUGGGUUCUUCUCAAAGGUUCGGUGUUCCAAUGGGUUAUGGUGGUCCUCAUGCUGCCUUUUUCGCCGUUAUUGAUAAACUGAACAGAAAAAUUCCUGGCAGAAUUGUUGGUGUCUCCAAGGACCGCCUAGGUAAUCCUGCCCUACGUUUAGCUUUACAAACUAGAGAACAGCACAUUAAACGUGAUAAAGCAACUUCAAACAUUUGCACCGCUCAAGCCCUUUUGGCUAAUGUUGCCUCAAGUUACUGUGUUUAUCACGGCCCUAAAGGUCUGCAAAAUAUUUCCAGGAGAAUAUUCAAUUUGACGUCGAUCUUAGCAAAUGCCAUUAAAAAUGGGGAUUGUCCUCACCAAUUGCUUAACGAAACUUGGUUUGAUACUUUGACCAUAAAAUUGGGCAACGGUUUAUCUUCUGAACAAUUAUUGGACAAAGCUCUAAAAGAGUUCAAUAUUAAUCUAUUCGCUGUCGAUACCACUACUGUUUCCUUGUCUCUUGAUGAAGUUACUACCAAAAGCGAUAUUGAAAAUCUAAUGAAAGUAUUUGAGAUUGGUAAUUCCGCAGAGUUUCUCUCAAAGGAUUAUUCCAACAGCUUACCAUCAGAAUUCCAGCGUACUGAUGAAAUUUUGAAAAGCGAAGUCUUCCAUAAGCAUCAUAGUGAAACAGCAAUGCUAAGAUAUUUACAUAGGUUGCAAUCUCGUGAUUUGUCUCUUGCUAAUUCUAUGAUUCCCUUAGGUUCCUGUACUAUGAAGUUGAACAGUACUGUAGAAAUGAUGCCCAUCACAUGGCCCCAGUUUGCCAAUAUUCAUCCUUUCCAACCAUCGAACCAAGUUCAAGGAUACAAGGAACUUAUUAGUUCUCUGGAGAAGGAUUUGUGCAGCAUUACAGGUUUCGAUGGUAUCUCUUUACAACCAAAUUCAGGUGCUCAAGGUGAAUACACUGGUUUGAGAGUUAUUAGAUCAUAUCUGGAAAGUAAAGGUGAAAAUCAUCGUAACAUUUGUUUGAUCCCCGUAUCUGCCCAUGGUACAAAUCCAGCUUCUGCCGCUAUGGCAGGUUUGAAAGUCGUACCUGUCAACUGUCUACAAGAUGGUUCUUUGGAUUUAGUGGAUUUAAAGUCCAAGGCUGAAAAAUAUUCAAACGAAUUAGCAGCUGUGAUGAUUACUUACCCCUCCACGUACGGCCUAUUUGAACCAGGUAUCCAAGAAGCCAUUGAUGCUGUUCAUUCGUUUGGCGGGCAAGUCUACUUGGAUGGUGCUAACAUGAAUGCUCAAGUCGGUUUAACUUCACCUGGUGAUCUCGGCGCAGACGUCUGCCAUUUGAACCUACACAAGACGUUUUCUAUUCCUCACGGUGGUGGUGGUCCAGCUGGUGCCCCUAUCUGUGUCAAAUCACACCUAAUACCACAUUUACCCAAGCAUGAUGUUGUAGAUAUGAUCACUGAAGUUGGUAGCAAACAUUCUAUCGAUUCGGUCUCCUCUGCUCCAUAUGGUAACGCUUUAGUGUUGCCAAUCUCUUAUGCCUACAUCAAAAUGAUGGGAAAUGAAUCUUUGCCAUUUUCUAGUGUCAUUUCCAUGUUAAACUCAAAUUAUAUGAUGACGAGAUUGAAGGAUCAUUAUAAGAUUCUUUUCGUCAACGAAUUGAGCACUUUAAAACAUUGUGCUCAUGAAUUUAUCGUCGAUUUAAGAGACUACAAAGCCAAAGGUGUCGAAGCCAUUGAUAUUGCCAAGAGAUUGCAAGAUUACGGAUUUCAUGCUCCAACGUUAGCUUUCCCUGUUCCUGGGACUUUGAUGGUAGAACCAACAGAAUCAGAAAACUUGGAAGAACUGGAUAGAUUCUGUGAUGCUAUGAUAUCUAUAAGGGGAGAGAUUGAUGCAUUAGUGUCUGGCCAACCAAAGGGACAAAUCUUAAAGAAUGCCCCUCAUUGUUUGGAAGAUUUUAUUACUUCUUCUGAUUGGGAUACCAGAGGUUAUACCCGUGAAGAAGCGGCUUAUCCAUUGCCUUUCUUGAAGUACAACAAGUUCUGGCCAACUGUUGCUAGAUUAGAUGAUACACAUGGUGACAUGAAUUUGAUAUGUACAUGUCCUUCUGUGGAAGAAGUUGCAAGUGAAAAUAAUUAA